GUUGUUUAUGAUUAUUCAACAGUAUUUUUUUUUUGUUGUUGUUGUUGACUAAAUGAUUGUAUUUACAACAUAACGAUUAAAAAAAAAAUUAAAUCGUCAAUUUAUAUAUAUAUAUGAUCAUGUCAUUGAACGAUUGUAAUCCAUUUGCUGAUGAUCUGUAUAUAUGAAUAAGAUCAGAAUUUCAAAAAAAAAACGAAAGAUCAAAACAUUGAAAAAGAAAUUCGUUUGAAUGAAGCUAAAUAAAACGAAAAUCAGUUCGGUGAGUACGACUUCGUUAUGCAGUGAAAAGGAAUCGUCGUCAUCACAAUCAUCGAAUAUUCAUCAUCAUCAUCAACAACAACAACAACAACAAAAUCAUUAUAACCAUAACCAUUUUCAUGAUUCCAAUCCUGCAACAAUGUUAUUACCGAAUACAACGGCAACAGCAUUUCGUUCGUUUAUUAAAACAAAAAGUACUGGUAUUAUGAUACGUAAAGAUCAUUCAGAUGAUGAUGAUGAAGAAGUGGAAAAAUUAUGCGAUAGUGAAUGUUCAAAAUUAUCAAAUGAAUGUUGUUCAACACCAAAUACGGCUGAUGAUACGGAUGAUCGACAUCCUGAAUUUUCAACAACAACAAAAACCAAUGUUAUUGUUAAUUCUUCAUCAAAUGAUAAUUCUGAUCUAGUCCACGAUCAAUCACAAAAUCGAUCAUCAUCUGAUCAUUCACAUGAUUCUUUUGCUAUUCAUUCGAUUGACACCAAUCAAUCAUUCAUAUCAUCAGAAUUGUAUGAACAACAAACUGAAACUGGUAGCAUAUCAAGUUCAACAUUCAUUACUACUUCUGGUGGUAAUAAUAAUCAACAACACCAACAACAACAACAACAAAAACAACAACAAUUACAAAAAUCUGGCGCUAAACGUCAUCAUCAUAUUCGUACUAAUCCAAUAUUACCGAUUUUGAAAUCAAAUCGUUUUGUUAAACAUUCUAAAGCAAGUAAUAUAUUGUUCACGAAUAAAACACAAAAAAAUCAAAUGAAAAAACGUACCAGUUCUGAGAGUGGUACAUCAUCAUCAUUAUACUCAACAACUAGUCAAGAAUUAGUUCGAUCACUACGUUCCGAUAGAAUGAUAUUGACACAACCGGACGAGGAUCGUAGAAGACGUACAAUUAUCAUUGAAAAACAAAAAAAUACAUUCGGUUUUACAUUACAGACAUAUGGCAUCAAAAUUGGACAAGAGAUUGAAUUAAUCACUUAUGUAGAUGAAGUAAGCUAUGGUGGACCAGCAUUUCGUGGUGGUAUGCGUCCUGGUGAUGUUAUUUUAUCGAUCAAUGGACGUGAUGUUGAACGAGCCGAUCAUCAGACGCUAGUCAAUUAUAUUAAUUCUUGUGAAAAAACAAUGCGUUUAGUUGUAUUGUUUGAAGAUUGUGUACGUAAAAUUGAGCUUCAUCUUGAAUUUAUCAAAUUACAGAAAUCUUUACAACAAAAGCUAACACAAUUGGAAAUUCUGAAUCAACGAGAAGAUCAGAUUCUACUUAAUGCUGCCUUACGAAAUUGUACAUCAAACGAAAAUAAUAAUAACAAUACUAAUGAAAAUUUUGUUGGUCAAUUACAAAUGAAGAAAAAAUUUGCAAGCAAAUCUUUAAAUGUUAGUUUAAAUGAUUUAGAUGAUUGUCGUUAUGAUAUUGAUGAUGACGAUGAUGAUGAUGAUGAUGACAUUCUAGUUGAUGAUAGAAUUCGUCCACCAAAUGAUUAUUCAACAUCAACAUUUCCAAGAAAAUCAUCACACAUAAUCUAUGUCAAUAAUAGUAACAACAAUAACAAUAAUAAUCAGACAAACAUUCGAAUCGGUAAAGAUGAAGAAGAAAAUGAAAUACUCAUAGAUCGUAAUGGUAAUAAUAAUAAUAAUAGUGAUCAAAUCAUUGUACAAAAUGAUAAUAAUGAUUGUAAACAAUCAAUAUCAUUACCACAAUCUGUUCAUAAUUCAUUGGAUUGUUUAACGAAUGAAGCUUAUGAAGAUGAUGAAAAUUUAAUGCUCGAUCAUAAUAAUCAUCAUCAUCAUCAACCAACACAAAACAAAACAUCAAAUCAUAAAAAGAAUUUAUCAUCCAUUUCAAUACAUUCAAGUGAUUCAAGAGAUUUUAUUACCAAACUAUAGAUUAUAACUUUUUUCAUAUGCAAAUUAUUAUUAUUUAUUUA